CUUGAUAAAGUUUUUUCAAUAACACAAAUGCAUGCUGAAAUUAAUUAUAAAUACACAAUUAAAGCAGCAAAAUCUCUAGAGCAAAGCAUAUUAGCAAACAUAAAUACUAUAUUUGGUUCUAAUAAUUGUGAACAUAUACAAACAAAUUAUGAUGAACAAGAAAGUUCUAGUAUUAUAAAAUUAGAAACUAAUGCUAAUAAUGAAAAUACUAAAAUGAUUAUUGAAGAUAAUUCAGAAUCAAAUGCAAAUAAAGAUAUUAGUAAUAAAUGA